AUGCCAGUACACCUCCUAGCAUCGCAGAACAGACGCUUACCGGCUAAAAAUACAAAGCUAGUUGCAUCACAUCUCCCGCAGAAGGAUUACCUCAUUCUUCUGAAACAUUUGCAACUGCUAAUUGACUUGGGAGUGGAGGUGCAACGAGUGUGCGAAGUAUAUGAAUUCUCUCAACGAGAAUUUUUAUCACCUUUUAUUCACGAGAAUAUUAAGGCGCGCCGUGAAGCCACAGACAAAGCACAACAAAUGUGUUUUAAAACUCUCUCAAACAGCGUGUUCGGACGGUGUUUAAUGAACCCGUUAAAACGACUGGAACGUGCCAGCAUUGUGUGUAAACCAUCUUCAUUUCUCAAAAAGAUUCGAAGUCCUCUCUUUAAAAGACUCAUACCCCUUGCCCCCAACCGGGUAAUAACAAUCUCAAGGCUUCCUUCCGUUAACAUGGAAUACCCGCAAUAUGUUGGAUUUACCAUUUUGGAAUUGGCUAAAUUCAAGUUGUACAACUUUUAUUAUAAAGUCUUAAAAGCUCAUUACGGAGACAGGGUGAAGCUCUGCUACUCCGAUACCGAUAGCUAUAUUCUCUCUGUAGAGACAGAUGAUAUUGAAAAAGAACUUUCAAUGUCUCCUUUCAAGGAGUGGAUAGACACUUCUAAUUUUAGUCAUGACCAUCCAUUGUACAAUCCAUCAGACAAGGGUAAGCUUGGGUUAUUAAAAUCUGAGACUGGAGAGAUUCCCAUAAAAGAGGCAAUAUGUCUAAAACCUAAGACUUAUUCCCUUCUUUUAAAUAAUGAUCAAUCAUCUAUGGGUGUAAAGGGAAUUGGUCGGUCUGAGAAGAGAAAACUGAAACACGACAAUUUCCGUCGUAUUCUUUUUGAGAAAGAGGCACACUUUUUUAAACAGGUGAGCAUCACCAACGUAAAGGGUCAAAUAACAACCACGGAAACCAACAAGCGUGGUUUAUCAUUAUAUGAUGACAAACGUUGA